AUGAACUGGGGGUUUCUCCAGGGAGUCCUGAGCGGCGUGAACAAGUACUCUACUGCACUGGGCCGCAUCUGGCUGUCCGUGGUCUUCAUCUUCCGAGUGCUGGUGUACGUGGUGGCGGCAGAGGAGGUGUGGGAUGAUGAACAAAAGGACUUUAUCUGUAACACUCAGCAGCCUGGCUGCCCCAACGUCUGCUAUGAUGAGUUCUUCCCCGUGUCCCAUGUGCGCCUCUGGGCCCUGCAGCUCAUCCUGGUCACCUGCCCUUCCCUGCUUGUGGUCAUGCAUGUGGCCUACCGAGAAGAGCGGGAACGGAAACACCGUCGCAAACACGGGCCCAAUGCCCCGGCCCUGUAUAGCAACCUAAGCAAGAAGAGGGGAGGCCUGUGGUGGACAUACCUGCUGAGCCUCAUCUUCAAAGCUGCUGUGGACUCGGGUUUUCUCUAUAUCUUCCACUGCAUCUACAAGGACUAUGACAUGCCUCGAGUGGUAGCUUGCUCUGUGGACCCCUGUCCCCACACUGUGAACUGUUACAUCUCCCGACCCACGGAGAAGAAGGUCUUCACCUACUUCAUGGUGGUCACGGCAGCCAUCUGUAUUCUACUCAACCUCAGUGAGGUCGCCUACCUGGUAGGGAAGAGAUGCAUGGAGGUCUUCCGUCCCCGCCGGAAAACUUCUCGGAGGCACCAUCUACCAGAUACAUGCCCGCCAUAUGUGAUCUCCCAAGGAGGUCACCCCCAAGAUGAAAACGCUGUCCUAACAAAGGUUGGGAUGACCACGGUGGAGGCAGGUGUGUAUCCAUGA